AUCUCUCUCAAACACACACACAGACACACACACACACACACUCGUGCACACAUAGCUACACACACAAACACAGGCCGGGGCAAUUAAAUAAGUCAAAUAUUUCCUAAUAAAAUCAGACCAUUAUCUCCCAUAUUGUGUACAAUUUGGAACGAAUAUACAAUUGUACAGAUUCAAUGUUAGACCUACAUUAGCCCCAUGUGACUUGGUAUAUACGAAAGGGGAAAGUGUUUGACUGCUACAGUAAUAUCACUGGACUCAAGCCCAGCUUUAGCAUCUUAGUGUUGGUCUAGAAGCCUGACAGCAGCAUAAGAUUGUCUUUUUGGAUCCCAGAUUGAAAAUUAGGCGCAUAUUGGAUACCACAACUGUGGCUUUCGAAAAUACCUCUCACAUGUAAAACCUUCAGCCUUCACCCUUUAACCAAGAAACACAAGAAACAGUCAGAGACGGCCUAAGCUAAACAAACCAAAAAAAAAAGGUGAGGUGAUGUCAACAGUUAAAACUUAAAGGGAGGUAUUUUAUCAGCUGGCCAGGGCCAAACCAGUAGGAUGGCAUAGCAGCACGUCUUUUACGAGGUGAAAACGGAUUGAUCACGGAAACGCUCCACCAGUUCUCUCGCAGAGACCGGACCAGAGCGAGCUCCGUCAUGAACGCCAAGCUGGAGGUCCUCGCUCUGGUGCUGGGCUUCCUCGGCCUCGUCGGCACCGUGGCCGUCACCGCCAUGCCCAUGUGGCGCGUGACCGCCUUCAUCGGCGCCAACAUCGUCGUCAUGGAGAUGACGUGGGAGGGCCUGUGGAUGAACUGCGUCUGGCAGGCGGGCGUCCGAACCCAGUGCAAGGUCUACGACUCGCUGCUCAUCCUGACCCCUGACCUCCAGGCCGCGCGAGCCCUCACCUUGGUGUCCGUCGGCGUGGCGGCCGCCGCGCUGCUCGUCGCGUUCUGCGGGGGGCGCAGGACGGCCUGUUGCCGGGGCAACCCCAAGGGGAAAGACGUGACGCUGGCGGUGGGCGGGAGUCUGUUCCUGCUGGCCUGCGUCACCACGCUGCUGCCCGUGUGCUGGACGGCCCGCGCCGUCAUCACCGACUUCUACGACCCCGUGGUGUCGGAGGCGCGCAAGCGGGAGCUGGGCGCGGCACUCUACGUGGGCUGGGGCGCCGCCGGCCUGCUUCUGGCCGCCGGCGCCAUCCUCAUCUUCAGGUACUCGGCCCGCCGGGAGAAGGAGAGGGGCACGCCGACGUAUGGCGCCGAGGGGUACCACGUGACCGGCACUGAGGAGGAGGACCGGAAGGAGGACGUAGUGGACGUGGCGGACGUGGCUCGUUCCGCGCAGGCUGGGAGCCUUUAUGGGAAGCAACAGUACGUCUGAGCUGGUGCAACACGCACACGCUGACCGUCCCGCGGUGGAAUAACAGCACUGUCCCGGUUAGGAUCACAUGAGAUGGGGCUAGAUCAAAUGUACAUUUAUUAAUCGCAAAUGAGUAUUCAGGGACUCACAGCAUCAAGAACAGGACAGUGAUAUUAUACAAAAAACACUAAAUUAGGUAUUUUUUGAAUUAGAAGAAAUGUUGAUGUAAAAAAUAUGAUGUGACAGGUGAGCCAUGUAUUCUUGACAAUAUACGCACAAUUAUUGAAUUGAUACAAUGCACGCGCCUGAUGCAACAGUUUCUCAUAUAUCAUGAAGCCUGGUUUGUAUCGUACCGGUGUGAGGCAAUGGUGGUAUUUUGUAUGGUGUCAUUCUGCUGUGAUGAUGUAGUUGUAUAAUUUAUUACCCAAUCCUUUAGAGAACAGGGUCACACCGGGACAGGAGUAG